CAAGGAAGCGGAAUGAUGAAGAAGAAGAAGAAGAAGGGGGAAACAUUGCGACACAUCAAAGGUUCUAUGUACCAGCUGAGGACCUCUGAGGAAGAAGAAUACAGCAACGAAAUCUCCAAACUCAGGCAAGCGGUGUUACAAAACAAUGACAUACUCCUUGACAACAUGCUCUGCCAGGAGAUUUACAAGAAAGUCAUUAACUGCAGAGGGGGAUGGGGCAUCGCAGGCACUCCCCUCCAUGCCGCCGUGUCUAAAGGCCACCUCAGCUGCCUGCAGGUUCUGCUGGCCCACGGCGCUUUUGUAGACACCGUAGACGUCAAAGCCCAAACGCCUCUUUUCAACGCAGUUCGCGGAAGAUACCUGGACUGUGUCCUCGCCCUCCUCGGAGCUGGCGCCAACCCCAACGGAAGCAAGGCCAACAACAGCUCCCCGGUCCUCACCGCUGCCAGGGAGGGCGACGUGGAGAUCCUCAGGCAGCUGCUGGUUCACGGCGCCGAUGCGAACUCUCGUUCUAAGGUCCUGGUGUGGCCCUCCUACGUCAGGGUGACCAGCGGACCGCUCUACCUGUCUGCAGUUUAUGGACACAUGGAGUGCUUUAGGCUGCUGCUCCUCCACGGCGCUGACCCCGAUUACAACUGCACGGACGCGACCUUCCACAGUCUAGCCAAGCCGCCCAGAACGGUGCUGGAGAUGUGCCUCAGGUACGGCUGCGGCGUGGAGUACAUCCAGCUGCUGAUCGACUUCGGUGCAAAUGUCUACCUCCCUACGCUGAUCAUCGAGAAGUCCACGAAGCAGAACGAAGCAGUGGAGCUGCUCCUGAGUGAGAGAGGAACUCCCAAAGCCUUGACCUCACAGUGCCGACUUGCUGUGCGAAGACACCUGAAAAGCAUCAACAAGAUCCACUGCAUCAACGAGCUGGACAUGCCAACCAGUCUGAAACACUUCCUGCAGCAUAAAACAGUCCCUGUCCAUGUUCAGUAAAGAAGAAAGUGUGCGUUAUUUUAUCAUGUCUUAAUUUCAGUUUAACAGCGGGUCUUUGCAUAACGUGUCUUAAAACGGCUUCCGUCUCUUCAUGGGCUGCUCUGUUCAGAAUGUUCAGUUAGAAGAUUAAAUCUUUUCUACUUCUUAAAGAUGCGUUUACUUAGAAUUUGCUGACUCGGUUUUGUACAGGUGUAUCUCGCUGAAUGAGAAUAUGAUUAGAAAGGUUAUUUACGUCAGAAAUUUAUUCCACACAGGAGCUCAUGUAGAAUUAGAAAAUUCAUUCAAGAAUUUCAUGGAGCUUCACAGGGAGUGGACUGAGUCUUGAGUCAACACAUCAAUAGACGCUUCGCACACGGACUACAAACGUCGCGUCACUCGUGUCGCGUCACUCCCGAGCCAGAGACAACAGAAGCUUCUUACCUGGCUAUGGAGAAAACGAACUGGACUGUUGCUCUGUGGCUCAAAGUCUUCUUUUUAGAUGUGAGUAAAUUCUGCAUUUCACCUGGAAACCAUUGUUCCAGGGUUUGGAGGAAGAGUGGAGAAGCACGCAAUCCAUGUUCCCUGGAGUCCAGUGUGAUGUUUCCACAGACUUUAAUCUCUGAAUUAUAACUUUAAUCUCAGAAAAUGGCAUCCUUCAACCAUGUCAACAACAACAAAAAGUCAUUGAAGCUGGUAGCUCCCAGGUGCCCAUAUGCAUUACAUCAGCGUUCCUAGAAUAAACUUCAAACUACUGGC